AUUCUUUCCUGCCUGCAGCCUGAUUGUCCCUCUCCGAUCCCGGGCACAAAACUCCCGUGCAGCAGGUGACAAUCUCUAAACCUCCCAACUAGUCGACGGACAUGUGUCCAGUUUUGAUCGGCCCCUUGCCCCUGGCUGGUGCCACUCAUGUCCGCGAAAUACGGAGUGUGAUCCAUCAAACCGUGAGGCUCUGCGCAGGCCCACACCCCAUCCCUCUGACAAGCUAUGGACACCUCUGACGAGAACCACCGAGGGAGGAAUCCUCAUCCGUACCCUUCAGCCUCACUCCUGUUACUACACUCUGCUUGAAGGUGAUAAUGGUGCUUUGUUCCCGGAGAGUUCAGCCGUUUCUGCUCUGCCGUCGUUGCCUCAUGGUCACGCUAGAAGGAAUUCCCGCCUCCAUACCACCACCUCUUCUUCGUUGUCGUCGACGACGGGCAUGUCCUCUCGGUUCGUCCAGCUGCCAUUUGACGCCCAUCACCAAAUUGCAUCCCAGCUCGACGUUCGUUCUUUCGACCAUCUGGCAAGGACGUGCAAGUCUCUGCGUCGACAUCUUCAGAAUGAGAAUACUGCAAAACAUGCCAUUCAGGCGAGUCUGCGGCAUUGUCUCUGGGUCCAGCUCGCCCUGUCUCCCGCGCAGGCGGGCCCCCGGCAGACCCUCGCCCGGGCCAUCGACUCCCAGUCUGCCUUGCAACAAGCCCGUCCGUAUUCGGCCUGUAUUAUAGCAUAUGCGAGCAGUUUCACGUACAAUUGGGGAAUUUUGUGUUAUACCUCUGCGAACAGUCUUCGCAUCCUAAACUUCAAUAACCGUCGAGGCACCGAGAAGGUCUUCGCCAGCAGCGUCUUCACCGACCAGAUCAGCGUCACGCCCAGGGGCGAAGGAGACACUGUAGAUCUGCAGGCCAUCAGGUCGAUCCAGGUCCAGAGCUACGCCGAGGGCGUGGUGGCGCUCCUGUGUGACUUUGGGCCGUUUGGCCAAUAUAUCUUCGCCGUGAAUAUAGCCGACAACAGGCCCUCCUCCAUCCCGUCCGGGGCCGGUGGCCGCCACCAUCGCGUCCCACAGUGCAUCCCGAUCCGGUCCAGGAACAAGCUUUUUCGUGCGGAACGACGACCAGUUCAUGGUCUUGGGGUCGCACUCGGCGACGGGGAGCCACGACCACCACGAGUGGCUGCUGGACGUCUACAGCCUGGACACGGGCGAGGCGGUGACGCGGGAGCCGCUGCAGCUGCGAGAUUUCUACGGGUCGGAGAUCGGGUCGACGGCGUGCUUCACGAUCCACCAGGGCGAGUUCUACGCGAUCACGAGCCAGACGAGCUACGAGGCCGAGGAGGUCGACUGGACCAGCUACUACCACGUGGUCACGUUCCGGCUGGACGACCCGGACCCGGAGCUGGCCAUCAAGCUGAUCUGGCGGCGGCAGCACCUCGAGGGCCCCAUCAACGACGCCUGGAACGACCUGGGCUUCCAGAUCGACCACUCGACGGGCGAGCUGCUGGUGGUCGAGGGCCGUAAGGAGUGGCUCAACGGCGGCAGCCGGUCCCUCCGCACGUACUACACGCAGCCCAUCCGGCGGGCCGAGUUCAAGAACCUGAAGGACGGGCUGCGCCAUCCGCCCAACGACCGCCUCAGCGUCACCCUCGACGAGCACAGCAACAGCCGCUGGGAGGAGCCCAUGGUGCGCGCCGACCGAUACGUGCACGCCGAGUUCCAGGCCGACGGGGGCGGCGGGGAGCCGCCGGCCAGGGAAUACAUCCGGGCCCGGACCAAGUGGAACGGGUACUCGUUCAACGCGCAGGCGUUCAUCGACCUGGUGACGGACGAGGCGGUCAUGGAAGGCGAGUGGCGGCCCCGGCAGCGCAUCAAGCUACGGGUGGUCAGCAGGCAGGAGCUCAGUCCUCUGGUGGGAGACGUGAAGGCGACGCCGACGACAACGCCUACGGGCGGUUCCGUGGCUUUGGUGCUCCGCAAGCGCAUCCGCGACCGCGAGGGCCAGGAGAUGGAGGACGGAGACCGCGCCUUCACGGCCAGCCGUGUCGCGCUCUGGCCCCCGGACGACGCGCCCCAGGGCCUGCACGAGAUCCUCUGCCCCGAGGGCCGGGCCGGCGACGUCAAGGCCAUGCUGGGCGACGAGGGCAUCGUGUAUAUGGCCGGCCCGCCCCGCGCGCCGGGCUCGGCGGAGCGGGCGCUGGUCUUUGUCGGCUUCGACCCGACCUUUGGCUUCCAGGGCAUGCAGCGGCUGGAUGGGAGUCCCGCGGUGCCGAAAUCGGAGAGGAAGAGGAAGGUGGACUGCUACGAGUUCGACGAGGCACCGCAAUCCGUGAGUCUCGAGAGCCAGAGCCAGAGCCAGAGCCAGAGCCAGGGAAUCGACCUCGACCUCACGGAUCCCACAAAGAGGCUGAAGCUGGGGGCGCGGGUCAAACCAGACGCGGGAGAUUCAACUUCUCUCCCGUUCCGGGGCGACGAGCAGGAGGAACUCGCCGUCCUCCCCCAGGGCCACAACAUGGCACAGGCGCUGGGUCUGGAUCCGGCGCCUCUGAUCGACGAGUCCAAGGACUGGCCGCUGCCUCCGCUUUCCUCGCGCGCCGAGUUGCCCCCGAUGUCCCAGCCCCAGAGACCCUUGCUGGCGGCGACCUCGACCUCGACCUCCAGCCCGAGUCCGAGCCCCAGGCUGCCGGUGGUGCCGCCAUCUCCGUCGCCGUCGCUUACAACCACCUCCCGUUCGGCACCCGCUGCAAAAUCCGUCGCAAGCCCGGACGAUCCCACGCGGCAGAGUAGCCGGGGCCACGGCAAAGGCAAGGCGCCGGCACCUCCCAGACUUCGCCAGACACGGCGCGAGCGGGCAAUGUACAUGUCCAUCGGCAGGGGAUAUUGGCUGCGCUAGGGAGUCAUUUGCUUGCCCUUUUUCUUUUUUCAGUGCCUCCGUCUGUCGAAGGGCGGCCGUAGGGAUUCCUCAGGAGAGCAGAAACCGAGUUCAACCCUCGAUCGGAGCACGAAACACAAGGGCUACCACGGGUGGCAGAGAAUAUUGGGGGAGAUACAGAGAAACGAGAGCAAAAGGGAGAGACGCUCAACAGGCAUUCAUUUGGCUGAUGUAUUUCGGGUCGUACAUAUAUUCCCGAUACUUUUUGGAAAUGUCGAUAUAUAGAUUCUCUGUCAUCUCUGGCUCCUUGCAGCCCCAUCCUGGUCC